CGAUCAAACCGACAUACACAUAAGCAAACCAUCAUGGAUAAUACGUGUAAUAUACUGAAAUGCUAAUCAUUCUCUUUCUGUCUAUAUACCUUCACCAUUUAUUCACCAUUCACCAACCAUUCACAAAAUUUCCAAUCUGACAUUUUCGAAAUCUCUUACACAUCAGUCCCAACAUGGCUUCUCACAAAAUCGCCAAGCCCGCUGGUGCUGCUCCCGCUGAUGAAGUUGAAUUGAGCGUUGCUCAAGCUCUCUUGGACCUUGAGAACAAUGUUCCCGAGCUCAAGAAGGAGCUUAGACCUCUUCAAAUCUCUUCUGCCAAGGAGGUUGAACUCGGUGGUGGUAAGAAGGCUAUCGUCGUCUUCGUCCCUGUUCCUCAGUUGAAGUCCUUCCACAAGGUCCAACAGAGACUUACCCGCGAGCUCGAGAAGAAGUUCUCUGACCGCCACAUCCUUUUCAUUGCUCAGCGUCGCAUCAUGCCCAAGCCCACUCGCCACUCUCGCCAGAAGCAGGCCCGUCCCAGAUCUCGCACUUUGACUGCUGUCCACGAGAAGAUCUUGGAUGACCUCGUCUACCCCACUGAGAUUGUUGGUAAGAGAACCCGCGUCAAGGUCGACGGUUCCAAGACCAUCAAGGUUUUCUUGGAUACCAAGGAUGCCACCUCUUUGGAAUACAAGCUCGACACCUUCUCUUCCGUCUACCGCAAGUUGACUGGCAAGGAGGUCGUUUUUGAAUUCCCUGCCAACGUUGAGGUUGCUUAAAUGAUUGAACCUUUCACAUUUUUUUCGUUAUCACUCUUCAACAUUUAAAACAAACAAAAAGUAGCUUUGAUUCCGUUGGCUUGAUGCAGAAUACAAUCCCCCGCUAUUAAAGUCUAAAAGAAAAAGUACAAUUCAUUAGGAAAGGUG